AUGCGCUGUGUGCAGAAUAAUUCCGUAGAAAAUAUGAUGGAAAUCUACGUCUCCUAGUGAAAACCGAGUGAAAAACCGAAACAUCAUUCAUUGCCGCCCGUUUAUCGAUAGAUUGUGAGGAAUUACCAUCAGUUUGUAGAGUACGUUCGGUCGCAAAAGAUGUCGGUGCAUUACAAGUUUAAAAGCACCCUCGAUUUCGACACAAUCACUUUCGAUGGGUUGCACAUCUCCGUGGCUGAUUUGAAGAAAUCUAUAAUCCAGCAGAAGCGGCUUGGGAAAACAGUCGAUUUCGACUUGCAGAUCACCAAUGCCCAAACUAAGGAAGAGUACAAUGAUGAUACUAUGCUCAUCCCGAAGAAUACAUCACUCACCAUUGCGCGGGUACCGGUGAAGGCGCAGGGGAAAAAGAAUUGGGAAAAACCGGCAGUCGCGGCAGAGCCUACCAUGCAGAUGUCCGUAUCACGCAGCAAGCAUGAUGCGGCCAGUUCGCAAACCAACGUUGAUCUGUCGAUGAUGAAUGGUUCCGAAGAGGACAAAAUUCGGGAGAUGAUGUUUCAAAGUACGGCCGACUAUGAUCCUACAAACUACCAGAAGGUACGCGGAUCACAGACCGGUGAAGUACCGAUGAACUACAAGUGCUAUCGGUGCCACAAGCCUGGUCAUUGGAUAAAAAAUUGCCCCAUGGGUCCGCUGCCGAAAGAGAAUGUAGAAAUCAAGCGCACAUCCGGCAUUCCUCGGUCGUUUAUCGAGCGAGACAAAGAUGUGGAGAACAACCCGGCCAUGCAACCCGUGCAGAUGCCGCCCGAGGAGAAGCAAGUCAUACCGGAGGAUUUGAUUUGCAGCAUCUGCAAGGAUCUGUUUACCGAUGCCGUGAUGAUACCGUGUUGCGGUAGUUCGUUCUGCGACGAGUGUGUACGGACCGCGCUACUAGAGUCGGAGGAUAACGAGUGUCCGGAUUGCAAGGAGAAAGGCUCUUCACCGGGGUCGUUGAUCCCGAAUCGGUUUCUGCGCAAUUCGGUGAACGCAUUCCGGAACGAAACUGGCUACAUUAAGUCCAUACAGAAGGUCGGAAAGAAGCAAGUGAAACCAGAGGAAACGCCAACGGCUGACAGUACAACCAAUAGUGGAAUGGCCGCUAGCGUCGGAUCCGGUACCGUCAGUAGCACAGCAAUUGGACCCAUAUCGACCACCACCGAGCUCGUGGAGUCAUCUACGUUCGAAGAUGAGGGUGCCAGAGUCCCCGACAGCAACUUGCAGCCGCAUUUGUUUGAGGAAAUCUCUCAGCAGGACGACAUGGCUUCACCGGCAGUGGAGGACAAGGAAUCGAUGAUGCCACCGGGUGCCUCCGGGCCUUUCGAUAAUGAGUCCGAUUACGAAGAUAAUAUAACCGUCACCGUACCGCCGGCUCAUUUACAAAGCCGCGGGGCCUUUCGCGGUCACUACAACGGGGGCCGCCCAGGAAUGCGGCAUAGCGGAGGAAAGCCGCAUGGCCUCGAUACGCCUCCAAACGAACGGCAGCUUAUGGGCGCCCAGGGUUACGGUGGCAGCGGUAGUGGUGGCGUCGGCGGUGGCAACGGUAACAAUGGGAGCCGCGGCGGCAACGAAUCCCUCGAUCGAGAGGAAGACCAUCGCCGCAUGAUAGUGAUGGAGGAAAAGGAAGGAGACAAUUAUGGCACCAUGGUUGCGAGCAAUGAGCGUGUUCGGGAGUACGAUGGUCGUUCUCCGGAGUAUCUGCACGGCACGGGAGGUCGUGGAUUGAUCCCGAUCCCGCACAAUCAUCCUCAGCAGCAUGUAAUGCCAAUCGGCACCUCUAUGGGGCAUCCGGGUGUCGCAGGAGGUGCGUACAUGGGUCCUGGAAAUGCCUAUCCUGCUCACGGUCAUGGCGGUCAUCCGCAUUAUGGCGGUGGGAUGGGUGGUGGCUACGGCGGAAUGCAACCGGGUGGAGGCGGCUAUCCACCUCAGCAACGACCGUAUGAUCAUCACGGUGGGAUGUAUCCGGGAGAGCGGCCACCGCGCAUGAUGUAUCCCCACCAGCGUGGCGGCUUUGCCCCGCAUCAUCCUCACAUGAGACCUCGCCAUAUGGGUCCUGGGCCGAUGAGUGCUUACCCAGGCAUUCAUCAAACAAUUGGACCGGGCAUUAUUGAUGACCCGCUGGAGGCAUUUAAUCGGAUUAUGCGCGAAAAAGAGCGUCGUAAGGAGCAAGAACAACAGCAAAUGGCUCGACGCAAUCGGUCACCGGUAGGUGAUCGGGGACGCAGGUCACGUUCGUUCGACAACGGUGGCGGCCGAGGAGGCGGCGAUGGAAGCCGUGGUCGUGGCGGCGGCCCUGGCCGAGGAGCUUCCCCGGAACGUAGACGCAACUCUCGGCAACGGUCUACGGACCGGCGCCGAUCGCCCGAUGAUAAGCAUCCGGAUGAACGCGAUCGACCUCGAGAGAGACGGCGAAACCGGUCCAGUUCAUACAGUUCCGGCAGUUCCAGAUCUUAUUCCAGAUCUAAAUCUCGUUCGCCGAUGAAACGAAACAAAUCACCAAGAAAACGAUCACGUAGUCCCGGUUACCGGGAUAGAAGAAGCCGCAGUCGUUCCGGGUCGUUCGGGGCAGGAAGAAUUCGAGAUCGACGCGACGAUCGCCGGGAUGAUCGUCGUGCUGGAGACUUUAGGGAUCGCUCACCUGGUUUUAACCAGCAUUAUGGCUAUGGUCAUCGCCCUCCAAGGGGUGGUGGAGGAGGUCCACGAGGUGGUGGUCGAAUACGGGGUAACAGCCGUGAUCACGGCGGUGGUGGAAUGAUGAUGAAUCCUGGAAGCAUGCAACAACAUUAUCCGCCCCGUGGGUACGACCGGCAUCAACCUGGUGGUGGUGGUGGUGGUGUUGGACACAUGCACCAAAUGGGCCCAGGAGGCGGUGGUGGUGGAGGACGGGUGGACGGCGGACCGCCGUAUAUGCACGGGCAAAACAUGAACGACUAUCACCGGGACGGUCCAGCAGCUCAUCUGUCACAUGGUGGCAUGCAAACGGGUGCUAAUGCGUCUGGGCAGCCAAACAGGUAUCCGGGACGGGAUGACCAUGAACGUAGCUACGGUGGAGUGCACCAGGAGCAUUAUUACGACGGAGAAGCCGAACACCAUAUGCAGCAUCAGCAGCAGCACCAUGCAAAGGGUGGAGAGCGUCAUCAUCAUCGAGCCUCCAGGGAAUCGUCUCAAAGCGCACCGCACCAACGUGAAGAGGCUCGCUUCGAAUCGCGCCAGCACGAUAGCAAGGAAGGCGAAUGGCCUGAACAUUCCGAGGGUGGUUCGUAUCAGCAGCACUCUCCGAAACGGCAUGACAACCCGGAGCAUGGGCUAGAGGAGAGCCCGGAUAUGAAGGAAGCUGGUGGUUCGGUGCGAGAGGGUGCUGACCAUGGGAAGAGUGGUGGUGGUGGUUCGGCUGUUUCUGCCGACCACCAUCAUCCGCCACCAACGAAUCACGGAAGAUCGCGAUCCCGUGAUCGGCAGCGUUCAAUGGUGGCGUCGGAGUCCGGCGCCGAUCGGGACAAUGCAGAGCGAAGAAGAAACCGCUCCAAGCACUCGAAGUCGGCGGAACGAAGGGAAAAGUCUACGACCAGCAGCCGCGGCCAACGCUCGGCUGGAGACAAUGAAAAGGAUAGGCACGAUCGUCGGCCACAGCAACCUCCGUCGGAAAGUGGCAAGGACAAGCGCGGCAACCUCGCGGAGCAACAGAGACGGGGUGGAGAUGAACGGGAUCAUCUUCAUCGGGAUCGUGACCGUGACCGUGAACGAGAUCGAGAACGCGAUCGAGAUCGUGAGCGUGACCGGGAUCGCGAGCGUGAUCGCGAUCGUGAGCGUGAAAAGGAGAAGGAUAAAACAAAGGAAAAAGAUCGCGAUCGUGAUCGUAAUCCCGAGCACGAGCAACGAGAUCGUGAGCGUGCUAGGGAGAGAGAUCGGGAGAAGGACAAAGAACGCGAAAAAGGUCGUGAAAAGGAACGAGAGCGCGAAAAGGAGAAGGAGCGCGAGCGUGAUCGUGACAAGGAUCGCGAUGCGAAGGAGGUGUCGAAGAAGAAGGCUCGCGAUUCCAGCGACGACGAGCGCCGCGAUAGGAAGAAAGAACGUGAUAAAAAGAAGCGCAAGAAGGAGAAAGAAGUGGAAAAGCGCAAGCAUAAAAAAGAGCGCAAAGAAAAGGAUCGCGAACGCCGUUCGAAGGAUUGGCGGAAGGAUCGUAAAACAGUGGAAAAGGAAGAGCCGGACAGUUCCCAGCAGCCGUCAACACCGACCGCAAGGGAACGAGAAGAAGAUGCAAAGCCCGGGCCGGGUACUGAGGAGGAACGUGAGAAACGCGGGCGACAACCUGAUGUCAAUUCUACGGCGGAGGAGGAUCGGCCCCGUAGUGCGACGACUAAUGAGCGCCGGAACGACGGCGAUGACGAUGACGACGACGACGACGAUGGGGAUGGUGGCAAGUCCAAACAUAGUGAUACCGGAUCCUCCAACGAGGAUGAGGACGCUCCGAAGGAACAGCAGCAGGAAGCGCAGAUUGAUGGUCACGACCAUGCCGACCUCUAUUCGGAUAUUCCCGACAAGUACGAAGAGGAUCAACUGGAAAGGUCAAUUCUGCUGGACGGCAAUGGAGGCGACGACCAGCACCACCCCAAAAACGUGGAGGACGAGGAUGCUGGCGCCGGUCUGGUAGAUAGUACUGAGAGUGGACAGGUCGAGAAACUGGAUUGCGAUGGAGAUAUAUUGCUGAAGCGUUCCGACUCGGUGCUGGAUCUACACGCGAACUUGGACUUUGAGGAGCAGGAGGAGCUGGAGGAAGGCGAACAACUGUCGCCGCCUCUCCGUACGAAACCAACCACCAGCAAUAGUGCGUUCAUACCGGAACCGUCCAAAUGGGAGCUGGACGAGGAAGGACAUAUCCAUUCGACCAUGGAAAAACGUGAGUUCGAUCACGAUGGUGACUUCGAGGGAGCGUUGGCGGCACAGGAGGCUUCGGAGACUAUGAUGGCGGGAGGGGCCGCCAACGGCGGGGGCAAAGUUACGAGUGAGGUGCUGAAGCGGGCCGAGAAUGCUAUCUUUACCCGUGCAAUCAACGCGAUACGGCCGAUCGAGAUCAAAAAGAUCAGCGUAGAACGGCAAAAGCUGUACACGAUGGCCGGAGGAAGAAGCAGUGGUAGUAGCAGCGAUUUGCAGCGCGAUAUCUCUUCACCUACCGGUAUGGACCAAAAGUUGACACCAGAGCAUGACGAACUAAAGCGAGUGCAGGUUACGGUUCCAGUGAACGACGAUCGAGUGGAACGGUCGGUAGAAAUCAAGCAUAAAGUUGACCUGAAGCUCGAAGGUCGCGCCUCACCGAUGCGUCCUUCGGUUAGGGAUCGUCUGGGAAGUAAAGUGUCGGAUAGUACCGCCACCCAAUACAAUCGCUCGCGGACACCACCACCGGGGCGAAAAGGAAGCGGCGGUGGUUUAUCAUCGGUGGCGGCCACCGGCAACAACCAAUCUUCAACCAGCGCUUCAGGCACUGGUAACAGUAAUCGUAACAAAUCAUCAUCCGAUAGACGUCGUGGUUCAUCGCGCAGCCGAAGCCGACCGCGGGAUGACAACACCGACAGUCGGAAGCGCACCGAGGGCGGCGAUCGUGCUGCUGGACGACACACUGGGGGAGGUGGUGGAGGCAGCCGGCAGCAACCGGAGACCCCGUCAUCCAGACGGGGAGCGACGUCCGACCGAACAGGGAACACUGGCAACAGUAGUAAUGAUCGGCAACAACGUAACCGGAAAGAUGCUGGCCGUCAUGAUAGUCGGGAGCGUAGCGAGAAUCGAAAAACCGACCAUCAACAGCAGCAGCAGCAACAACAACAACAACCGAGGGGCCGUAGUCGAGACCGUGCCCGGGAACAACAACGGGAUCGUCCCAACGCACGUCGUGGCAGUCGCGAGAGAAAAGGUUCUGUUUCUCCGCCAGCUUCAAACCGAGGGAUGGAUAAACGAAAAGAUAAACAACAGCCACCUCCUCCUCAUUCACGCGAAACAAGUGGCAGUCGAGUGUCCACAAAUAAAUCUAGCCAACGGGAAGAUUCGACCUCGAACCGAAAAGUACGUCAGGCGGAUGAAAAACACACAGCGGCGGCCAGUUCGACAACCGGCGGUCCUCCGACCACGUCAACCACCUCCCGGUCGGAAAAAUCUCCAGAGCGAGAUGAACAACGUUUGGCCCACAAACGGUCCGCGGAUCAUCUACGUGAUGUGUCGGGCGAUCCACAACACCGGCCGGACGAAGCUACGCGCGACUCCAGCACUGUGGCCACCGGAAACAGCAGCAGCAACAACAAGAGAAGCAAAAUAGAAAAACCUUCCAAAACAGGUAAAUUGGGCGGCGGCAGUUCAAGUGAAUCGAGCAGCUCCGAUUCGGAUUCCUCUUCGUCGGAUAGCAGCGCCGACUCGGAUGGUGGCACAGGCAGGGACGGUGGACCAUCGGCCACCGCCCAGGCUCGCAGCAGUAGCAAAAAGCGCAAGAAGCGCAAGCACAAGAAAGAUCGCAAGCGUGCCAAACGGUCCGCCUCGACGGAUUCGGACGACGACUCCGGCAGCAAGCGGAAGAAGUCGAAGAAAAAGUCCUCUAAAUCGUCAAAAAAGAAGAAGAAGUCCAGCAAGCAUAAGAAAGAUUGAGCAUCAGGGCUUCGGGCAACAACAGAUACCGCGUGAUAUGGACGGACUUCCUGAGCCUGUUGGCUGGACACACGGGAACUAACACCGCGAUGACGUACGAAAACCGAACGUACCAUUCGCAACGAGUUCCCGUUAGAAGGGCUUCUGUAGUGCAACGUCUUUGAUUUUAAUUAAUACGGUGUGAUCCUAUGUGAUCAUGGCUGCUUUCAUUCAACCAACCAUGCUCUUGCUUUUCUAGCGCAAAUCUUGUAGCAAGUGAACACUAUCGUGCACCACUUCUUUCACAGGAAACGAAGGAGAAAGCUUAAUUUAAAAAAAUGUGACCUGCAUUUCCAACCCUUAAUCCGGGGACAUUCGUAUCAAAAUGACGGAUAAUUCGAGGAAACAUCCCUAUUUUUCCUUCGGCAUCAAAAAGGGCGCAACACUUAUUUACCCAACGCGUGCCCUCACCUAGCUGCCAUUAAAGGGAGUUGAUUGUACAUUGGAAUGCUGGACGAUAUUGUUUAGCGGAAAACUUACUUGUGUAGCAACCGAAUAUGGCGCAAAACGCCACAAGUUCAUUUGUGCGUAUUCCAAACACUAUUGGCUAAUAAAUCAUAAGCUAGUAAUAAAUGCAAAUAAC